AUGCUUUGGUAUACUAAAUGUUUCCAAGAAAAUGUAGCCAGUGAGAAAGAGAAGUUUAAAGAUCAAUUCUAUCAUUUAAAACUACUUCUGUUUUUUGCAGUGAUCACUGGAGCAGGAGAUGGGAUUGGAAAAGCUUACUCAUUGGAGCUAGCCAAACAUGGACUUGACAUUGUGCUUAUCAGUCGGACACUGGAAAAACUACAGACCGUUGCCAUGGAGAUUGAGCAGACUACAGGGCGUAGCGUGAAGAUUAUACAAGCAGAUUUUACCAAAGAUGACAUCUAUGAGUAUAUUGAAGAAAACCUUAAAGGCUUGGAAAUUGGAAUUUUAGUCAACAAUGUUGGAAUGCUUCCAUACUAUUUCCAGAGCUAUUUCCUUAACACACCGGAGGAAAUCCAGAGCCUCAUCCAUUGUAACAUCACCUCAGUAGUGAAGAUGACACAGCUGAUUCUGAAACACAUGGAAGCAAGGCAGAAAGGACUCAUCUUGAACAUUUCUUCUGGAGCUACUCACUUCCCUUGGCCUGUACACAGUCUGUAUUCAGCUUCCAAGGCUUUUGUACGCAUGUUUUCCAAGGCACUCCAAGUGGAAUAUAAAGAGAAAGGAAUCAUUAUACAGGUGCAGACCCCAUAUGGAGUUUCGACCUCAAUGACAAACUAUCUAAAAGCCAACAUAGUAGUCAAGACUGCCAGUGAGUUUGCUGAAGAAUCACUAAAUUAUGUUAUGCCUGGAGAUGAAAACUGUGGCUGCCUCGCCCAUGAAAUUUUGGCAGGUUUCCUGAACCUGAUCCCAUCUUGGGUGUUCUACAGCAGCACCUUUCAGAACUUCAUCCAGACUCAAUGCAAGGAUAUUUUAGAGCGGAAUGUCAACAUCAAGUAG